AUGAGCUCUUCAGAGAAUCCGGAUAUACCUGAUACAGAGCUCGUUGUUCCAAAGCUUUCUAAAACAGUUGGAUUUGGCCACCAUCCUGUUUUUAGUAAUCCUGCUGGAACAAAAAGUCUUUUUGCCACAAAAUUAUUUGAUAAUACAGCUGAAGAAUACGAAAUUGUAAAACCAAUUAACGAAAAGGAAGAAAACCUAUUACAUGCACAAAGUCCGGCAUUAUUAGCCUUUCGUAAAGGAACAUCUCGUCCGGCAACUAAAUCAACUUCAAGAGCAACAACAUCGUUAGUGCCAAGUGCUGCACAAAUGAUGCCGUCAUUGAUAUCCAAACGUCCUCUAUCAAAUUUACGCGAACCUACCCUCGAAACAGAGGCAAUUGAAAAAGAAAGAGAGCUUGAAGAGCAAUCUAUUGCAUUUAAAGAAGAUCCAAUCGCAUAUUUCAGCAAGAGAAAAGAUGGCCGUGGACAUCUUUUCAUUUAUAUGAUUUACGUUGGUGAUAAAUCAGAUCCAGCAUUUAAUCCAUACGAAUUGAAGAAAGUUUCAUCGCAAGAAAUCGGAAAUGACUAUUUUACAAUGUCAGCAAGUGGUGUAACUCACGUGAUGCCUGAUGGAUCAACAGAAAACUUAACAUUGGAUAGAUGGUCAAAGGAAAGUUCGAUUUUUAUGGCAAUCAGGAAACUGAGAACAUUUUCAAAUUACUUCAGAUGGAAGCCUUUCCGCAUCUGGAAGAAAUUUGUUAUGCAGCAAAGAUUUGAUCAAAUAACGGAUCGAGUUUUGAUGCAUUCCUUCUUCAAUAACUACGCAUUCUACGAAGCAGCUAUUCAAAUUCUCGAAAAUACAUGCGAUACGAUAUUAAAGAAGCACUUACUUUGCUUUAAUACUCAAAAGAAUUAUCCAUUAGCUACUUUCCUUGAAAUAUCUUCAGAAAACAUAGAAGCAUUAAAGUCAAAGUUCGCUGAAUUCGUAGAGAAGGUUAUCGCUCAGUUAGUUCAACUUGAUACUGAUAUUCGAGAUCCUGCAAGAGUUAUUGUUGAAGAUAGCGACUUUCCGGAGAUCAAAAGAAGAAAUCCUAACCUUGGCCAGCUCAUGGUCUUAGAACGCAAGAAAUAUGCUGAGAGCAACAGAAGAAAUGAAAUUGUCAAAAAAGAAAUUGGAGCUUUUGGUCAUUUUGUAAGACUCGUUGAUUACGUAUUGCUUGAACAACUUGCAAAGAGUUGCUAUGAAUGCUGGAUAAUGGCAGAUGAAAACGUUUCAACAGAUCAAUCUUCAAUUUUCGAAAUUCAAGUUUCUUUCAACAGCGACGGAACAAUUUUAUUCACUCCAUCAAUAGAUGAAUUUAUUACAAAGCUCAGAAAUCUGUUUUCUGGAGCUCUUAAAACAUUAAAUGAAUUACCAAGAGUCAUAAGAGCUGGAGCCAUCAGACAACACUUGUGCGAGAGUUUGCCGAACUUAAAUUUCAUUUUCGAUGAUGGUCCAUCGUUCAAAUCUUUUAUUGAUUGCAAUGCUGAAAUUGAAAGGCUCAGCGAUCACAUUAUUAACGUUAUUACUGAAGCUUAUCACGAUGCCUAUGAAGUUUCUCAGCAAUUCAAAGAUUAUUUCCCAAUUUUCCAAAUUGGAGAGAAAUGGUCGCCAAAAAUCUACAUUAAAGAGAGAUCCACAGAGCCUAAAGAGAUCAACCUUGCAUUUGGCAACUCUUCUCCUUUCAUUUUCAAGCCAAAUAGCGAACUUAUUAUUGAUUUCCAAAAAAUCAGAGAUGACUACGAACAAUUCAAGCAGGAUGAGAUUAAGAUGAAUCAGUUCAGAUCCUGCACACUUAGAGGCGCUCUUUACGUUGAUUCCAAGAAUAUGAAAAAUCAUCUCAGGCCAAUUCCAGCUCGCGCCAUCAUGGAAAUGCAGAAGAUGCUUCAGAACUUAGUACAAACCAAAGUUGACUACUUCCAAAGCAUUUUCAACCAUUGCCACAAAUAUCUUAGAUUUGAUCCGACAUCUUUGACCGAUUUCGUUGAUUUCUGUGAAUUCUCAGACAAAUGCGAUGUUAUUGAACCAUAUCUUCAAACAGAAGUCAAGUUUGUCGAUCAAUGCUUAGUAUUAUUUGAUGAAUUUCACAUCCACGUUCCACAACUUGAGAAAAACCCAUUAAUUCCAGCCUUCAACAUCUUCAAAGGUGACCAGCAGAUCGCACAACAAACGAAAAGCAUCCAUUCCGCUGUUUACAUCAAUACUCUUGAAAAUCAAAUCAGAGUUCAACUUGAAAAACUCACAAGAGUUCAAAACACAGUUUCCGCAAUUCCUGUUUCUAUACAGCAAUGUGAUGUUGACAUGUACAUACCAACAAUACAACAAAUGAAAGCAAAGAUCACUAAAUACCAGCCAAGAGUUGUAAAUUUGCAACACUACCAACAAAUUUUAGGUGUAAACAAGAACGAUUUUUCAAUUUUCGCUGAAAUAAAGAAGAAAGCGGAAUUCGAUGGCCAAUUAUAUGAUUGUGUUGCAUCAUGGAAAGGUGUUUCCAAGAUAAUAACAACAGUUCCUUUAUCCAAUGUCGAUAUCCAGAAAUUCAAAGAAGAUUUAGAAAACAUCGACCAAACAGUGCAACAUCUUAAAGAAAAUUAUAACGAGCCAUGUGAAUUACUUGCGGAAUUGGAUACAGCUGAAAGUGCAAUAGUACCUUAUAUAGAAGUAAUUGAAUUGUUAUCUCAAGGAAGGAUGCAAACACAUCACUGGAAUACUUUGUUUGAAUCUUGUGGCCGACCAAACGCUUAUUAUUCACAAAUUAAAAUUGAUGAAUUAAUUUCGCUUGGCAUUUUACAACAGAAAGAAAAGAUUCAACAAAUAACAUCCACAUCACAAGGUGAAUCCAGAUUAGAGCAUUCUUUCCAAGCAAUCAAUUCGCAUUGGCAAGAAGUUCAUAUCCCUCUUUUGGACAUCCAAGAUAAGAAAGAAGAUGAACUGAUGCUCGGAAAUCUUGACAGUUUGUUUGCACAAAUUGCUGAUACUCAAGAACAGUUAGACCAAAUGUUAUCUGUUCCUUUCGUACAAGGUAUCAAAGACCACGUACUCAGUUUAUCAUUUAAACUUGAGAACAUCGCAAGAAUUCUCGAUGAAUGGCUCAUUUUCCAAUCAAAUUGGCCACUUUUGUCACGUUUAUUUAAUAAUGAUGACAUCAAAUCCGUGUUACCUGCCUGUGUCCAGAAAUUCCAGAUAGUCAAGAAGAGAUGGUCAUUAAUCAUAAAGAACACAUUAGAAGACACUUUGUUGUUUGUUGUUUGCGCGUUCCCUCAACUUCAUGAUAUUCUUAAAGAAAACAACAACACGUUACAAUGGAUUUUAUCUCAAGUUCAUAAAUACAUUGAUACGAAACGAGCUUUGAUGCCGAGAUUGUAUUUCUUGAGUAACCAAGAAGUGUUGAAUAUGAUAACAACAGAUGAUUUCCAAGUCUUCAAUUCAACAAUCGCAAAAAUGUUUAUGCACAUAAAGAAUUUCGAUUCAAAUGUAAUUGAUGAAAAAGAUACAAGUGAUGGUUCUAUUUUACCAUUCAACGGUAUCUUCUCGAAAUACAGAUUAACAGGUUUAGUAGGAGAUGACGGAGAUACAUUGCCAUUUACUAAACCAGUACAAAUCUCAGGAGAUGUCGAUGAAUGGGGACCAAGAGUUAUUGAAGCGAUGCAAAACAGUGUCAAAGAUUCCAUUGGAUCUUCAAUUGCAAGAUUCACUUCUUCAUCAAUGAAAGAUUGGAUUCCAACAGUGUCAACACAUAUAGCGAUUUUAACAUUACAAGUUUCCUUUGCAAGAGAAAUCCAGGAGUGUUUUAAUAACACAGAUAAUCCUGCAAGAGCUUUCUCAGCUUACGAACAAGUUUUGCAAUCAAAAAUUGUUGAAAUCUCUUCUGUUAUGAGUUCUCCUCUUUCUUCAAGUGAAAUCCUUAAACUAUCUGCUAUUGCGACAUUCCUUAAUUUCUUGAUAACACAGAUAGGACCUUUGUCUGAACAAUACCAUUACUAUUCACAAGAAUUGAAUUGGAAUUCACACAUGAGAUUUAGAUAUCAUAACCAGAACCAAACAAUGUUUAUUGAUAUGGGAGAUGCAACUGUUGAACACGGGUACGAAUUCUGGGGUUCAAGUAUACAAUACAUUUACACUCCAGCAUCAGAACGCGUGUUAAAUAACGCUGCAAACGCAAUCAUGCAUAACAAAUUCCCAAUGAUUUGCGGUGCAGAAGAUGUUGGAAAGAAACAUCUCAUUGCACAACUUGCAAAUAACUUUGGAAGAUUCAUUUACUUCUUCCCGGCUUUCCAAAAUACUCCUACACAGAUUCUUUCUAGAAUAGUAACAGGAGCCGCUUUAACAGGAUGUUGGUUAUCAUUUAAUAACGUUGAAAAAUUGUCACAUCACAAUUUAUCGUUCAUUUAUCAAAUCAUUCAUUCAAUGAACAUGUUACAAAAUGCAGGUGGAAGUAGGAUAACAAUAUCAGAUCGUGUUAUCGAACUCCAAAAGUCCUGCAGAAUAUUAUUAUCAGGAAAUGCUUCGUUCAUGACUUCUGCAUCAGUUCCUCCAGAAUUGAGAACAAUUUUGAAACCUGUCAGUUUUGCUGCUCCUGAUUGUCUCCAAAUUGCGAAUGUUAAAUUGGUAUCCAGUGGAUUUAAGUUUACAAAGAUCAUUGCUGUUAAAUUGUCAUCAUGCAUCAAUGCUAUAACAAGAACAUUCACUUAUCUCAAGAACGAAUCAUUCAUGAGUUAUGUUUUUGUUAUUUUGGAUCAAGCACAUGAUUUAUUGAGACAAAUGAUGCACUCCAAAUCAGCAUCCUUCGUAAAUUACUACGAAGAACCACGUAUCGCUGAAGAGUUUGUUGUUGCAAGAGCUAUUUACUUGAGGUUCUUCUCAAACAUCAAAUUCAAACACAGAGAUCUUUUGAUGGAAAUGAUUUACGCCAAUUUCCAUAUCUUUGAAAAUAUAAAUGUUUUCAAAGAUCACAUCACAAAACCACAAUGUUUCCAUAUCGAACAAGCUGCGGAAGUCAUCAGAGAUGUUGUUUCCAAAGAGCUCAAGAACAUGGAAGAUCAAGUUGACACUGAAUACAUCAUUAAACAAGUCAUAAGAUUGUAUGAAAUGAUGUUGAAAUAUCCUUGCAUAAUAAUUUGCGGAGGACCAAAUUCAGGAAAGACUUUGAUUGUUCACAUGCUUGAACUCGCUUUCUUAAAGCUUGCUCAAAAUGCUGAUAUCAUCAAUAGAUUCUCUGGUAUCAUGCCUGUCAAGAUCUGCGAUGUUUUCCAGGAAAGCGAAAAGUACAAAGUAAUGUUUGGAAGCGUCAAAGAUGAUCCAGAAGAAGGACAAAUACAAAAUUACGGUUUGUUGAAUACUUAUGUUUCUCAAUUGAAGAAAUUCGAAAAAACACAUCAUUGUAUAUUGAGAUUCAAUGGUCCAAUGAGUACUAAUUUUGUUUCUUAUCUCCAGGAGUUCUUCUCAACAUCUUUGUCACAUAAAUGCAAAUUAAAUACUUUAGACACUUUGUUGUUCGACCACAAAUUCCAUAUUAUCGUUGAAACAGGAAAUCUUUCGAACAUUUCUCCAUCAUUUGUAGCUUGCUGUGGUAUUAUUCCGAUGAAGGAAUUCAUUACACCUCUCAAGAUGUUCAACCAAGUCUCGUUACCAUCAGAAAUAACUCUUUCUUGCAAAGAAUGUUUAUCAAAGAUUUUUGUCGAAGUUAUUCCAAAAGUGACAAAUUAUUUGACAGAAGAAUUAAAGGGAUACAUUCCAGAAUUAAGGGAUAAUUUCAAGAAAUACAUGAUGAAAGACGCAUUACCACGAAAGGCCCUUGAAUACACAUCAAUGAUCAUUGUAGCACAACAAGUUAACCAAGAUGAUGAAAACUCAAUCAAAAUUGCAUUUUUGCAUUCAGUUUUCAAAGUUUUUUGCGGUUUGUUGACAGAAGAAGCCAUAAAAGAAUUCGAUCAAUGGAUGCUUCAUACAUACGAGAUGUCUGUUCCUACAGAUUGGGAUGGCCUCAAUGUUCCUGAAAUCUGUACACAGAAGUAUCCAACGCCAUCAUUAAUUUCUUUGAGAUUCUUCAAAGACAAAUUAAUUCCUUUGGAUUUCGAUUUAACCCUUGGAACUCCAACCAAUUCCGCUAAGGAUUCCGAUGUACAGAUGAGAGUUGAAGACAUCGCAGUGUGCACACCAGAAAUGAUGCCAAUGAUGGCUCACAUUUCUGUCUUGAUUCGUAACAAACAAAACAUUUUCUUGCAUGGACAACAAGGAUCAGGAAAAACUGCAUUCUUACAUCAAAUUUUCUCUAAGGAACCGAAUUUGUAUAUUCCUAUCUUUAUUCCAGUUACUCCUUCAUCGACAGGACGUUCUCUCUUGGAGUUCAUUAGAAUGCACACACCUGUUAUCACUAAAAACUACGCGAUGAUGAAAACUAAAGCUAUUUACGCUUUGAUUUUCGAAGAUGUUCCAUUCGAAAACCAAACAGCUGCAGAAUUCAUCAGACAAAUUAUCACCACGAAAUCAUUAGUUUUUAGUUCGAAAGUUGAUCCGAAAUACUACGAAGAAUAUCCAAUAAGAAACACUUUCAUCAUUGUUACAGCCAAAUCUCCUAAACGAUUUGGACGUCGUUUCAUGAAACACUUCCAUCCAAUACAUUUCUUGGAACAAUCUCCUUCAUCGUUAAGACACAUUUUCAGACGUGGAGCAAAUUCUUUCUCUAUUUCGAAUACUUUUAUUGAUUUAGCCAUCAAAGUUUUCGAAAAUUUCCAGCAGAAAGGAUUGAAAUUUAACAUGAAUCAGAUAUUGCAACCAUUCCCAUUCUACGAAGAGAAAUACUGCUCCAAGAAAGAAGACAUUUUGUUGUUGAUAAGAGCUUUAAUUGGACAGUCGUAUUUCGCAAUCGAUCCACAAACAGAAGAAGAAUCAAACAAAAUAAGAGAGUGUUUCAGAGAAGUUUUAUCAAAUGAUUAUGGAGAAAUUCUCGGAGAUUUCGCAAAUAACAUUGUCUACAGGACAUUGUUUAAUUCAGAUGAUCAUCUCCUUAAACUCAACUGCAAAUUGGUUUACGAUGACAUCAAAACAACAAUUGAAAGAUUGUCACAAGAAAAAGAUGCAGCAAAUCAGAAAUUUGCAGAGAAAAUUUCAUUUGUUUUCGAUGAAAACACUGUUCAACAAUACAUCAGAUUGGAGAGAGCUUUAGCUUAUCCAUCAGGCAGUGUUUAUAUUAGUGGAAAGUCUCCAACAGGAAGAAGAACUUUAACAAGAUUAUUCUGCCAAUUGAAUAACUUCGAAUUCUUUGAUUUGAAGCCUUUAGUUCCAAUCCAGAAUUCUUCGAAGAUCUUGAGAAGAGAGAUGCUUAAAAAGACAAUGGCAAAUGCUAUUAAUUUAGCUUUGUUACAGAACAAGUCAAGCGUCAUCUUCUUAAGAGCAACAGAUGAUACAGAACUCGAACAACUCGCUCUCCAUAAUUUCUUGCACAGAUCGAAUUUCACUGAGUUUUACAAUGCUCAAACUCUUGAAGAAUUGUACAAGACAUACACGAAAUCACAGACGAAUUUGUCAAGUGAAGAAGCUCUCAAAACAUACUACAAGAUCAGAGCAAUUAUUAGAGAUAGAGUCCAUGUUUGUGUCUCUGUUGAUAAUGUCCAAGAAUAUCCUAAAUUUGCUCAAGUAUUCGAACUCAGAUUCAGUGAUGAAAUUUGCAAUGAUGAAGUCUUCAUUACAAGAUUACCUGAAGAACAUAAAUCAUUGGCAAAUUGUUUCACGAGAGUUCACAACUUCAUGAAGCUCAAACUUGGUGAUAAAAUCACUUCCAAUCUCAUGAAUGAUUUCUCUGUUUACUUCAAGAGAGUCUAUGAACAAAGAAACACUGUCAUGGAAACUCUUAAGAGACAAAGAGAAUCAACAGGAGCAUUUUUCGACAAAGUGUCGAAUGAAUUACAAAUUACUUUGAAUAAAAUCAAAGAAACAGAGCCACAGUUGCAGAACUUAAGGAAUAAAUCACAAUCAUCAUCCGAAGACUACAAGAACCAGUUGAAAGAAGUCACAGAACGCGAAGAAAAUCUCAAUAAACAAGAAAAAGAGAAAGUUGACGAAAUUGAAGAAUUAAAGAAACAAAUGGAAACAGCAUUACACAACAAACAAGAUUACAUACAAGACUUCAACAUGCGCAAAUCAAAGCUCAACGCUUUGACAGACAAUGACCUCCAAAUUCUUCAAAUUUCCGCUGAAAAUCCUCCAUUAAAAUUCAAAGUUUUGAUGAGAGUUUUGUGUUCAUUGUUGAAUGUUGAUAUCGAUUAUGAUACAUCAGGAAAAGUCAUCUUAAUGAAGCCAGACUUCCCAACUUAUGUUGCAAACUCAAUUGAUCCGACAAACACAAACAAAUACAUUGACAAGAACAAUCCAACAGAUAUGAACAUUGGAAACCAAGCUUGUCAAUUCUUUAACACUGCACAGAUCACGCAGAUUGAGUUAGACACAAUUUCUCCUCCUGCUGGUUUCUUGUUUGCAUUCGUUCAGAGCUGUAUAAAGAUUUUGAGCUCAGACAUUUUGUAUUUCUCGAAAUCAAAGACAUUGGCUGAAAAAGAGAAAGCUCUUGAAGAAUUCAGACAAGAUACAACUCAAGACAGAAAAGAAAUCGCUGAAAUCAAAGAAAAACUAGAGAACCAAGCUGCAAACAACGAAUCACAAUCACAAGAACUUGAGAAAUUCGAAGAAACAUUCAAGAAACUCAAUGCUGACAAAGUUUUGUUGGAAGAAGUUUGCAAAGAUUCCGAGAAAUUCGUUUCAAGAGUUGUUAAAGGCGAAGACAUGCCAGAAAGUUCUUUAAUCUCUGAUUCAUUCUUUGAAGCAGCUUAUAGAACUUAUGGUGGAUAUAUGAAUCAAGAGCAACUCGAUGAUUUCUUCUCCGAAAUCAAAGAAAUCAUGCAACAAAACAAUCAACAAAUUUCCGGAAAUGACAUGGAAUUUAGAACAGCAGUCGGAAUUGCAUUUACUGUUCCUGAUUUGCCUCCUCCUGAGUCACAAAAGAAGACAUCUUUCCAUGUAGAAUUAGCGGAAUGUACUGCACACAGCACAUUAAGAAUUCCUUUGAUUAUUGACCAAGACGGAUUCGUUUGCCACGCGAUAGAAAGUCAUAACAAAGGUUCUGUUGUUCAUAUUUGCGCUCUUUCUAGCAGUUUAGAGAAAACAAUUUCUCAAGCGAUGGUUGACGGAAAGAUUGUUUUCGUUCACGAUGUUGACGACUACAAUCCUUUGUUUGAUCCUAUCUUCGCUUAUUACUACAAUUCACAACAUGAAAAUGCCCAAGAUGUAACAAUUGGACAAACAACAGUUAAUGCUUCUCCAAGAUUCAAGAUUUUCUUCCUUUCUUCGAAGAAAUCUGUCAAUGAAUUGCCUGUUUCUUUGCUUUCAAGAACAUCAGUGAUCAAUGGAAACUUGGGACAAUUAGAUGCAGCAAAACUAGAAUUAACAAGGAUCUUUGUAAGAAUGACUGCUCCUGAAAACGAAGGAAAUGUUAUGAGUGAAAGAUUGUUCGAAUUAAGAAGAAACGUGACAAUACAAAGAUUGACGAUGAAAUUGUUACAAUUAAUCAGCGAAAGCCAAUGCGAUGACAUGGAGAAACUUGCUGUUAUUGCUAAAGAAAAAGACGCUUUAGUCAAAGUGAUUUCUUGCUUCGUUUUCCUGCAAUCAGACAUUUUAGUCAUUUUGAUGCCUGUCAAACAAACAUUGGAUUUAGUCACAGAGAUGUGGACUGUUGCUUCUGUUGUUUUACCAAAGAUAACAGGAAACAGCUUCUUCAGAUUCCACACAUUCACUUCUUGUUUGACACAAGCGAUAAAUCAAAAUGGCGGAAAAGCAGGAAAAUUAGAACAGAAAGCAAUCGAGAAACUUCAUCAAGGAGUCAUUGCUGCAAUGCUUAAAUUAAUGUUGCAGCCAUUAACAAUGACAAACGCAUUGCUUUACAUGUUCUUCGUUGCAAUUGCAAUGAGAAAAGUCGAAGGAUCCGAAAACGAAAAAGAUUUACAAGAAGUUGUGAAUCAUAUCGAAGAAGUUGGCAGAGGAAAGGUCGAUGUCAAUAUCUCAGAAGCCCUUGGAAUGAUGACAGAUGCAAUUGAUGCAUUAAAGACUUCAAAUGUUGCUGAUGUUUUCAAUUUAUUCCAAAGAGUUAUCAGCGAACAAUUCACAGCGAAUUUCGCAGUGAAUUAUCCAACAUUCCCAAUAGAAUCGUUCAUUACAACGACAGCAAACCAGCCUGUAUUUAUUUACAGCGACAUAAAGAAUGAUCCAACAUCGUUGUUGAGCCAAUUCGUUGCAAACAGAAACAGAUUGGAUUCAUUUGAAACAUUUUCUUUGUCAGAAGAUUCAUCAGCUUUAGAAAAAAUUGUUUCAACGAUUCAAUCAAUGAUGAAUAAAUCCGUUUGGGUUGCUUUGCACUAUUCAGAUCCAACACCAGCUGCUGCAUCAGCAUUAGCAGAUAUAUAUGCAGCAUUGCAAGGAACAACGUCAUCUAACUUCAGAAUGAUAAUUAUCGCUCAAUCCACGAAAUACAUUCCUUCAUAUGUUUUGAGUGGAUGCACGAGAUAUUCUUACAACUCUUAUCCAAGUAUAAGACAACAAAUGCUGCAGAUAUACCAGCACUACUCGAACUCCAUCAGAUCAUCAACGAAUCCGCGUGCAAUGAAGAAAUAUUCAUAUGCAGCUGCUUUGAUGUUUUCUGUUGUUCAUUUCAGGUCUUCGCUUGGAAUUUUAGGUUUCUCAGAGUUUUCUCCUGUUCCUGAAGUUGCUGUCAAAGAUAUCUUUGAAAGAUUAAGAACAAUCAUUGAUGCAAAUGCAGGAGUUCAAGCACAAAGUAACCAGACACAGCCUGGAUCAACAACAGCAUCAACAAUCAACUUCCAACACGAGUUACCAAUAAGAAACGUAAGAGAUGAAAUCAUGGAAAUGAUUUUGAGUUCUUCGACUUUGGAUACAUUCGAUAGACGCAAAUUACGUGUUAUUAUCUUCACGAUAUUUGCUCCUGAAGCUGUUGAUGACAAUUUCAGGUUCAUUGACGAGUCAUUUGCUGAAAGAGAACAAUGGGUAAUUCCUCCUGAUUCUCCAAUUUCCAAUUAUCAACACACAAUUUCGAAGAUGACUGUGUUCAAUACUUGUGACAUUUUGUCAAUCCCUAGAGUGAUUUCCGGUCCAAUAAGAGCAUGGCUACUUGGCCAAGACAUUUCAAACGCAAUUGCUCCAUGCACAAACCCAAUCAAAAGAGAAAAUGGAAUCCAAAACAUCAAGAUUUUCUUAAAUGAUUUGCCAAAGAUUGAAGAACCAAAACCACUUGAAAACAUCACUCCUACAAUUGUUUGGGCACAACAUGAACUUAAAGAGUUGGAAGAGGCAAUUAACUCUGCAAGGACAUUGUUGCAAAAACCAUCAAAAGAAAUCAUUUCCUCUUUUGCAAAAGAAAACUUACCAAAAGAAAUCAUCAACAUUUUCAAUUACAGCGGAACAUUUAAUCCGAAGAAGAUGAUUGAAAAUAUCAAGGGAAGAAUAGAAUUGUUGAAGAACUGGGUAGAGAAUGGAAGACCUCCAACAAUCGACAUCAGUUUAGUUUCUGAUGUAAGAGGUCUAAUUCUUUCUUAUUCCCACGAAGUUGCAGUCAUGAUGAAUGUCGUUGUUGAUUCAUUAAUGAUUGACUUCGAAUUCAACGAUUCUCCAACACAUCCGAACGCUUUGAACUUGGAUGGAAUAUACUUGAUGGCUGGAAAUUACGACAGCAUAUCAAGGAAAUUGAUUCCAACAAAUCAAAAGUCGAAACCAUUCGUGAAGAUGCCAAGACUUUCUAUCGCACUCAUGAAGAGAACUCCAAGAGAUAAGAGAGUUUACAUGUGUCCUCUCUUCAAAUCUGCUCCUUCAUUCGACUGCACAACAACAAUGGACAGAAGAAGAGUUGACGGAGAGAUAGAAAACCUCAUCAGAUACAUCCCAAUUCCAUCAGAUGUUUCAGAUAAGAAUUUGAUUGCUUCUGGAACUUCAUUGAUUUGCCACAUUCCAGAAGUAUUUGUAUAA